AUGGGCCUCUCCAAAACUAACAGGAUCAUUAUCCUGUUGGCCAUCGACUCGGCGUUCUUUCUGUUAGAAUUGACAGUUGGCUAUGCCGUCCACUCGCUUGCCCUGGUUGCUGAUUCGUUUCAUAUGCUUAAUGAUGUGCUGUCCCUGUGUGUUGGUUUAUGGGCCGUUAAAGUCGCCAACCAGGAGACCAAUUCGACCACUUCCAAGAUGUACACUUAUGGGUGGCAACGUGCGGAAACCCUCGGAGCCUUGGUCAACGGUGUCUUCCUCGUCGCUUUAUGCAUGUCGAUUUUCCUAGAAGCUAUACAACGUCUGGUGGAACCCCAGGAGGUGCAAAACCCUAAGCUCGUUUGCAUUGUCGGUUGCUUUGGUCUUUUGUCGAAUAUCUUGGGUCUUUUGUUGUUUCAUGAUCACUCCCAUGGCCAUGGCCACGGCCAUAGCCAUGGUGAAGCUCAUGGUGUUGAGGAUGUGGAUGUCGCUGAGCAGGGCUAUAUUUCUCAUGGCGGAAGUGACCCCGCGCGGGGGAUCGCAGUACGUUCAACCUUACACAAUUGUGUCAUCAACGAUCGGAUUCUAAUCUAUUCAAUGCAGGACGAAUGUACACUCUCUUCUCCCAAUACUCGCAGACGCCGAACACUUGAUAGCCAACAUCGCGGGUCGCCCAGAUACAGUAAUAACGUGGAAGACAUCCAGGUACAUCCAGCUACUAUGAGACAAGAAAUUAUCGGUCGCAGCCGCUAUGUCGAUGAGGAGCAGUCGUCUGAGUCGGACAGCGACCAAACAAACCUCGCUGAAACAUCAGAACGAUCUGCACUCCUUAGCCACAAAGACCGAGCGGGCAAGUAUACUGACGAAGCAAACGCAUCCCUUCAACCAAAUGCUACGGUGGACGACGACAUCCAUAAAUUCCACAACCACGCGCAGCCCAAGUCGAAGGACUCCAAGCACGGUCAUGGCCAUGGUCACGGCCAUGGACAUGGACAUGAUCUCAACAUGCGGGGCGUUUUUCUCCAUGUCAUGGGUGAUGCUCUGGGCAACGUUGGUGUCAUAGCUUCCGCCCUGGUUAUAUGGCUGACCGACUAUGAAUGGAGGUUCUAUGUUGACCCUGGCAUUUCGUUGGUGAUUACGGUGAUCAUUCUCGCCUCGGCCAUUCCUCUUUGCAAAGCCGCAUCUAGAAUCCUCUUACAGGCUGUUCCCCCUGGAAUGAGCAUUGACCAUAUUAAAGAAGAUAUUGAGAGACUUCCUGGAAUCAUCAGCUCCCACGACUUACAUGUUUGGCAACUGAGUGACACGAAGCAUGUCGCUUCGAUUCACAUUCAAGUGGAUACAGAGAUCAAAGGGGAGGGUUCGGAGAGGUAUAUGCGCUUGGCUAGACAGGUGCGAAGAUGCCUCCAUGCCUACGGCAUUCAUUCAACAACGAUUCAGCCCGAAUUCGCACCUGGAAGCGACGUUGAAGACAACCAACCUGCUUCGUCCUAUUCUAGUAACGGCCCCUCUAGUCUGCGGGAGGAAGACUCGCGGGCGUGUCUCUUGGAAUGCGGUGAUGGUUGUACGCGAGGUGGAGAGUGUUGUCCCAAGACCUCAACCUAA